AUGGGUGAACCUUCCAAGCAGUGGCAACCCCACUGGAUGACCACUCUGAUCCUAUUUCCUUUGUACAAUGUUGGAUCGCCGCAGUUCUGCCCCCGACUUCCGAAUCAGGCCCCUUCUGAAACGUGGAGCACGCCUGUUCUCGGAGUCCUUCCUCGCAGUGCAGGAUCAUCGGGGGAAGCCAAACUGUGCCCCCCUUUUAUGGCACUAGCUGCUGUUUUUUGGACUGAACGCAAUAAGAUAAUUGAUGAUGCACAGCUCUCCUGUCCAGAGCUGAGGCGAUCUGCUGCAUCCACCAACGUGUCCGCCCUCAACUUAUCCUGUGACAAGGAAUCUACCGAUAGCGCAGAGAGUUUGGAUUCCAGGAAAUGUCAGUCUCCAGUCACGGGAGCAGAAGAUAUGAAGGUGCCAUGGGCCAGCAGGCAGCUCAGUGUCAGUCCGUGUGCAAUCUUUCUGGAGAGGGUUGAGAAGAGUAAAAAUGCUGCUAACUCUUUGAAGGAAUACACUCGAAAACUAGAGGGGAAACACAAGAAGCUGGAAAACUUACUAAACAAGCUGGAGAGUGACAGAAGAACCAUCUUGUGUAAUUCAUUAUUCCUUGAGGAAAAUUGUAAACAGAGGCCCACAGCAGAAGUAGUGAAUGACACCUUGCAGCAGAAGUCACUGGCUGUUGAAGAGAAACUGAAGAACCGGUGCCAGAAGCAUGACAACUCGAAAAAAGAGUCGGAGGAUAGGUUCGCUGGCACUUCCGAGAGGAAAGCUGGAAAACAACCUGUCUCCGGCAACCCGCCGCUGCAAAUUUUGGAACAGAUUACACGGUCAAUAAGUGACUUGAGACAGGUGCUUACAUCACAGUUAAACGAGAUUAAGGAAAAGAAUAACUUGCCUGGCACCUCGUCGAAUCACGGGGAGAAAGAGCCAAACAUCUCAUCGAUUAUGCUAGAGACCGUGAGGGAGAGCCUGGAUAAUGUCAUUGACAAGUAUCAAAGCAAAACCACCCAACAGCGAGACAGGCUGAAGAUCCUGAACCAGUUUGAUGGCAAAUUUGAAGCCUUUAACCAGCAGUGGGAGCGUACCCAGAGGGAGCAUCAACGCACAACACAGAUGAUCCAAGAACUGAAAAGAGAGGUCGACAGUAUUGCUAAUACCUCAAAGAGGAUGUUUUCAGUUUUUGAUCAAAUCCAAGAGAACGUCCACAAUCUGGGCCAUAUCAAGCCGUUAAUUGAGAACAUCCAGAAGCUCCUGGAGAGGAGAAAAAACCAGCAGAGUAUUGAGGAAAGAUACUUAAGGUCCAUUAAUGAGAGGUCAAUGGAAGGUGAGGUGCUGCAGCAAAUGGUGGAUCAGGCAGUGCUGCCAUUGGUGGAACGGAUUCGUAGGUGUCACCAUCCAUUUGUCUGUAAUGAGUGCAGUGGGAACUGCAAACAUAAGAUGAUAAUGCCUUGA